UGCCGAGCAGGAUGUUUUCAUUAAAAGAUUAACUUGGAGCCUUCAGCCUGUUCUUUAGCAUGAACUGUGGGUAGUGACGUGGUGUGUUUCCUAACACCUCCAGCAGUGAGCCAGGCUUUGAGUGGCUGCCUCUAAACACCUCUUUCCCUGAGGACUGGGAGAUGUCAGAAUCAGGUUUGUCACUGAGCGUGUUCUGUGUGCUUGGAACUGAGAAAGGAGAUGAAGUGGCAGGUCCAGAAAUGUCCUUGGUGUGUCUGACAGACUUUCAGGCUUAUGCACGGGAGCACCUGUCUAAGUCAACUCGGGAUUUUAUCGAAGGAGGAGCAGAUGACAGCGUCACACGGGAUGACAACACUGCCGCAUUUAAAAGAAUUCGCCUCCGUCCCCGGUACCUGAGAGAUGUGUCUGAGGUGGACACCAGGACCACAAUACAAGGGGAGGAGAUCAGCGCCCCUAUCGGCAUUGCACCCACAGGCUUCCACUGCCUUGUCUGGCCUGAUGGAGAAAUGAGCACAGCAAGAGCCGCCCAGGCAGCUGGUAUCUGUUACAUCACCAGCACACUUGCCAGCUGCAGCCUUGAAGACAUUGUUACUGCAGCUCCCGAAGGCCUCCGAUGGUUCCAACUCUAUGUGCAUCCAGACCGGCAGCUGAACAAACAGCUCAUCCACAGGGUAGAAUCCCUAGGUUUUAAAGCUUUGGUAAUAACUUUGGAUACACCUGUAUGUGGCAACAGACGAUAUGACAUUCAAAACCAAUUGAGGAGGAACUUAACACUAAAAGAUCUUCAAUCACCUAAAAAGGGAAAUUCAUUACCUUAUUUCCAGAUGGCUUCUAUCAGCACUUCUCUCUGCUGGAAAGAUCUCUCCUGGUUUCAGAGCAUCACUCGAUUGCCCAUCAUCCUUAAAGGGAUUUUGACAAGGGAGGAUGCAGAGUUAGCUGUGAAGCACAAUGUCCAAGGCAUCAUUGUUUCCAACCAUGGUGGGAGGCAGCUUGAUGAGGUUCUUGCUUCAAUUGAUGCUUUGACAGAAGUGGUGGCUGCAGUAAAGGGGAAAAUUGAAGUCUACCUGGAUGGUGGGGUCCGAACUGGCAAUGACGUGCUGAAGGCUCUGGCCCUCGGGGCUAAGUGCGUGUUUCUUGGGAGACCCAUCCUAUGGGGUCUUGCCUGCAAGGGUGAACACGGUGUUAAGGAAGUUUUGAACAUUUUAACAAAUGAAUUCCGCACUUCCAUGGCCCUUACAGGCUGCCGGUCGGUCGCUGAGAUCAAUCGACAUUUGAUCCAGUUUUCCAGGCUGUAAGAAAAAAGAGCUAAUAGCCAGACUGCUGAGGUUGCCCACAGGAGGAUCACAAACUCACAGCACAGUGUGUGAUGCUGUCCCGCCUGGAACCCAUCCUUCCCGGAGGCUUAUGCACCAUACUCCUAAUCCCUCCACCCCCGUGUUUCAGGUUCUCCAAAUCCCUUGUGUUCCUCAAAUGUGCCAUGCUUUUCUUUGCUUCCCUGACUACUAUAUGUUGUUCUCUUGCCUAAAACCUUCCUCUGAAGCGAAAGAUCUCAAGGGGACAGAUCAUCAAUCACUGGAACAACUAGUGGGUUAUAUUUUUUGCAUACUCUACAUAAACUCUAUGAAACGACUGUAGAACUUUGCACUCUGCACAGAGGAGCUGUACAUACAAAGCAUUUUUCCAACCAAAAAAAUAGACCUAUCUAUAGAAAAUAGGGAAAUAGUGAAGGACAUAGACUUUGGAGCCACACAGAUGGAUUUGACAGUCAGGACUACUGCUGGCAAGCCGAGUGACUUGGGCGUGUUUUCUUAUCUCUCUGUGUUUCUGAGUCCCGGACUGUAAAAUGGGGAUUACACUCCCUCAGCUAGUAGUUUGGGAAAAAGUUUAAGUAAGAUAAUGUAUUUGAAGUUCAGAACACAAUGCUUAACACGUAGUACAAGUUUAAGAAAUAGGAGUAUUUCAUAUAUAUAACAUAUAUACAGAUACAUAUAUACAUAUACAUAUAGUAUUGUUUGGAAAAUUCCUAUUAACUUUUCAAGGCCUUGUUCAACUGUCACCGAAUAUUAACCCUGGCUAUUUGCUUAGUGCUUCCUAUUGUACUUUGCACAUUCCAAUAUUACAGCCCUUACUAUAGUGUGCCAUGUUUCUUUAUUUGCAUAUCUGUCUCCACAAAUAGACAAAUAGACAAUGAAUGGCUCCAGACAAGAAA